AAAGGAGCCAAGAACCAGAAAAUUCUCAUAUUAUAUAACCCUAAAGACAAAACGCCACCGAAAGCUUCCUGCACUUUCUUAUUUCACACAGUGAUCAGUCAAGGAUCCAAAUCAUAAGCACAAAGGGGAGCCCAGCAUGCAUCAGCCUGCCGAAAACCAAGACCUCUACCGCUUCAUCACCGGCAACGGCGUUAUCAACGUCGGAACAUAUGGUUUCCCGGCCAACUGUGAGUUUCCGGGGAUGCAAAGCUUCUCAUGUAGUUCCUCAUACUAUCCCUUGGGGGUGUCGGGUUUAGCGGAUACGCCACCGCAGGAUAGAGCACUUGCCGCUUUAAAGAAUCAUAAAGAGGCUGAGAAGAGGAGGAGAGAGAGAAUCAACUCCCAUCUCGAUAAACUCAGGAGUCUUCUUCCUUGUAAUUCUAAGACAGACAAAGCUUCACUAUUGGCAAAAGUGGUUCAACGUGUUAAAGAGCUGAAGGAACAAACGUCAGAAAUCACUGAACUGGAAACCUUCCCGUCUGAAACUGAUGAAAUCACCGUACUCUCGGGCGACCACAGUGAUGGCAGAUUAAUAUUCAAGGCGUCAUUGUGCUGCGAGGACCGCACCGAUCUGAUACCAGACCUAAUCGAAAUUCUAAAGUCUCUCCAUUUGACAACUCUAAGAGCAGAAAUGGCCACACUCGGCGGAAGAAUUCGCAAUGUUCUUAUUGUCGCUGCGGAUAAAGAUCACAGCAUUGAGUCAGUACAUUUCUUGCAAAAUGCCUUGAAAUCUUUACUCGAACGUUCAAGUUCUAGUGAGCGGUCCAAAAGGCGACGCAUAUUAGAUCGAAAAAUGAUUAUGUAACCGUACGUACGUGAUUGCUUGUUUCGAUUUCCAAAAUUAUCGUUAGCUUUUGCAUUUCAUAUCUUCCGAACAUCGAGAGCUAGUUUACAAUAUGCAGUGUGAUAUGGGGGUUUGUUUGUUUCAACCCAUAUAAUAUGACAAGAAGAACAAUUUAUGUGUGAGCUUGUUGAUA